CGUCCAAUGGUUACCGCUCAAACAAUCACCUUGGAACGAAUGAGGAAAUAAUGUGACAAUCAAUAUUCCAUUCAAAUGCGCACCAGUAAACAAGAUGGCAAACUCAGAUAAGGAUAUAUCCUACUCUGACCUUAAGGCCCUCCUGGCCAAGAGCAACAAGGGUCUUCUGGUGGUUGACGUACGGACCAAAGAGGAGGUAGACCGUGGACACAUUCCAGGAUCAAUCCAUAUUCCAGUUGAUACAGUGGAGAGUGCCCUAGCGCUGGACCCUGCUGAGUUCCAGGCCAAAUAUGGGGUGCCCAAACCCCCCCUGGACGCCCCGGAGCUGGUGUUUCACUGUCAGAUGGGCCGACGAGGAGGCGUGGCCACAGACAAGGCACGAGGCCUGGGAUUCCAAAAGGCCGUCAACUAUGCCGGAGGAUACCAGGAGUGGUCUGAGAAAGAGGGGAAAUGAGGCGCACGAUUAGCCUGCAUUGUGAAAGCAGAGCAUAAACACGCACAAAUGAUGCUCACAUUCUGCUGAAACAUGAAAGUACUAGGAUAUCACUCACCUUUUUGCUUCUUGUAUUUGUUAUUACAGGUGUGUUCUAUAUGUUUUAAAAUAAAGAUGGAGAAUAAGAUUGUA